CCGCGACCCGCCGCUCCCGGGCCGGGCGGCCGGGCACACUGCUGUCCUCCCCGCGCGGGACAGGCGGCCGCCCUCGGCAACAGCCCGCGGCCCCCCUGCCCGGGCACGGAUAACGGUGCCACUUUCCCCUGCUGUGACGCCCUGUCAGCCUGACCGUCUCCGCCGCCCGAAGAGCUGGCGCCGUCAUUGGGCAGACACUUCGGGGAUCGACCCUCUUUGGCCGCCCCUCAGUCCCCCACUCCCCUCCCUACGCCCAAGUUUUGAUCCUGGAGAAGGUUUCUCUCGGAGCACACAGGUGGAGUUUGGACACUAGAUCAUGUGCCUAGGUAGAAGUUUUUCUUUUCUCCGCAGCUCUACUCCCCCAGCAACGCUCACCACACUCUUGUUUUGAGAACCUCACUAAGCCCUUGCCAGCAUCCAGCCAUGGGGGAUAUGAAAACCCCUGAUUUUGAUGACCUUCUGGCUGCCUUUGACAUCCCAGACCCCACCAGCCUUGAUGCCAAGGAGGCCAUCCAGACGCCUAGUGAGGAGAAUGAGAGUCCCCUAAAACCUCCAGGCAUGUGUAUGGAUGAGAGUGUGGCUUUGUCUCACUCAGGAUCAGUCCCAGAUGUGCCGGCUGUGAGUGUCAUUGUCAAGAACACCAGCCGCCAGGAGUCGUUUGAAGCGGAAAAAGACCACAUUGCUCCCAGUCUCCUACACAAUGGAUUCCGGGGCUCAGACCUGCCUCCAGAUCCUCACAACUGUGGGAAGUUUGAUUCCACUUUCAUGAAUGGAGACAGUGCCAGGAGUUUCCCUGGCAAGAUGGAACCUCCCAAGUCAGAGCCAUUACCCACCUUCAACCAGUUCAGUCCAGUCUCCAGCCCAGAACCUGAGGAUCCCAUCAAAGAUAACAGGUUUGGGAUAAAGCCCAAGCACUCUGACAGUUAUUUCGCACCCCCUCCUGGGUGCGGAACUGUGGGGGGUCCAGUCCUGGAGGCUCUAGCUAAGUUUCCAGUCCCGGAGCUGCAUAUGUUUGAUCAAUUUUGUAAGAAAGAACCCAAGCCAGAACCCUUGUCCUUGGAGAGCCAGCAGGAGCACGAGCGAGGUGAGCAGAAGGCAGUGGAGCCUCACAAAGAGCUGGAUGCCAGUCGAUUCUUUGGGGAAGCUUUGGAGUUCAAAAGCCACCCUAGCAAUAGUAUCAGAGAGCCCAAGGGGCUUGCCCGCGAGCUUGGUACCUGCUCAUCAGUCCCCCCUAGGCAACGUCUUAAGCCAGCUCAUUCCAAGCUGUCCUCUUGUGUUGCAGCCUUGGUGGCCCUGCAGGCCAAAAGAGUGGCCAGUGUCACCAAGGAGGAUCAGCAUGGCUACACAAAGGAUCCUUCAGGGCCUACUAAAGAGGGUUCUAAAGGCAGUCCCAAAAUGCCCAAGUCACCAAAGAGUCCCCGGAGCCCUCUGGAGGCCACUAGAAAAAGUAUUAAGCCAUCAGACAGCCCUCGGAGCAUCUGCAGUGAUAGCAGCAGCAGAGGCUCCCCUUCUGUAGCUGCCAGCUCCCCACCAGCAAUUCCCAAAGUCAGAAUCAAAACCAUUAAGACGUCAUCGGGGGAAAUCAAACGGACCGUCACGAGGAUAUUGCCAGACCCUGAUGAUCCAAGUAAGUCCCCUGUUGGUUCACCUCUAGGGAGUGCCAUUGCUGAAGCUCCAAGUGAGGUGCCAGGGGACGAGGUGCCUGUGGAGGAGCACUUUCCUCAGGCAGGCACAAAUUCAGGGAGCCCCCAGGGUGACAGGAAAGAGGACGAGAGCAUAACAAAGGCCAGUGACUCUUCAUCUCCCUGCUGCAGUUCUGGGCCCCAGGUCCCAAAGGGAGCUGCCUCGGGCUCGCAGACGGGUAAGAAGCAACAGGGCACAGCACUUCAGGCAUCCACCCUAGCCCCUGCCAAUCUUCUGCCCAAAGCGGUGCACCUGGCCAAUCUGAACUUGGUCCCCCAUAGUGUUGCUGCAUCCGUGACAGCCAAGUCCUCAGCGCAGAGACGGAGCCAGACACAGCUUACACAGAUGUCAGUGCCUCUGGUCCACCAGGUGAAAAAGGCUGCCCCACUGAUUGUGGAGGUCUUCAACAAGGUCCUCCACAGCUCUAACCCUGUGCCCCUCUAUGCGCCAAAUCUCAGCCCCCCUGCGGACAGCAGGAUCCACGUGCCGGCCAGUGGGUACUGCUGCCUGGAGUGUGGAGAUGCGUUUGCCUUAGAGAAGAGCUUGAGCCAGCACUAUGGCCGUCGGAGCGUCCACAUUGAGGUGCUGUGCACGCUGUGCUCUAAGACACUGCUCUUUUUCAACAAGUGCAGCCUGCUCCGGCACGCCCGUGACCACAAGAGCAAGGGGCUCAUCAUGCAGUGUUCUCAGCUGCUCGUGAAGCCCAUCUCUGCUGACCAAAUGUUCGUGUCGGCCCCAGUGAACUCCGUGGCACCAGCAAUCCCGGCCCCCUCAUCCUCCCCAAAACAUAUCCUCACUUCGGGCAGUGCUAGCCCCCCUCCUCCAGCCUUGCCGCUCUACCCAGACCCUGUGAGGCUCAUCCGGUACGCAGUCAAGUGUCUUGAAUGUCACAAGCAGAUGCGGGACUACAUGGUCCUUGCUGCUCAUUUCCAGAGGACGACAGAGGAAACCGAGGGGCUGACUUGCCAGGUAUGCCAGAUGCUGCUGCCCAACCAGUGCAGUUUCUGUGCCCACCAGCGGAUUCAUGCACACAAGUCCCCCUACUGCUGCCCAGAGUGUGGGGUCCUCUGUCGCUCUGCCUAUUUCCAGACCCACGUAAAGGAGAAUUGCCUUCACUAUGCCCGCAAGGUGGGCUACAGGUGCAUCCACUGUGGUGUCGUCCACCUGACCUUGGCCUUGCUGAAAAGUCACAUCCAAGAGCGACAUUGCCAGAUUUUCCACAAAUGUGCAUUCUGUCCCAUGGCCUUCAAGACUGCCAGCAGCACAGCGGACCACAGCGCCACACAGCACCCUACCCAGCCCCACAGACCCUCCCAGCUCAUUUAUAAGUGCUCCUGUGAAAUGGUCUUCAACAAGAAGAGGCACAUUCAACAGCAUUUUUACCAGAAUGUCAGCAAGACGCAGGUGGGCAUCUUCAAGUGCCCUGAGUGCCCACUCUUGUUCGUGCAGAAGCCGGAGUUGAUGCAACAUGUCAAGAGCACCCACGGUGUUCCCCGAAAUGUGGACGAGCUGUCAAGCCUCCAGUCUUCAACGGACACGUCCUCAAGCCGCCCUGGCUCUCGAGUUCCCACCGAGCCCCCAGCCACUAGUGUGGCUGCUCGGGGCAGCUCCCUGCCCUCUGGCCGCUGGGGCAGGCCUGAAGCCCAUCGCAGAGCUGAAGCCAGGCCCCGGCUGAGGAACACUGGCUGGACCUGCCAGGAGUGCCAGGAGUGGGUUCCUGAUCGGGAGAGCUAUGUGUCCCACAUGAAAAAGAGCCACGGUCGGACAUUGAAGCGGUACCCAUGUCGGCAAUGCGAACAGUCCUUCCACACCCCCAACAGCCUGCGCAAACACAUCCGAAACAACCACGACACAGUAAAGAAGGUCUACACUUGUGGGUAUUGCACAGAGGACAGUCCCAGUUUUCCUCGGCCCUCCCUCCUGGAGAGCCACAUCAGCCUUAUGCAUGGUAUCAGAAACCCUGAUUUGAGCCAGACAUCCAAAGGCAGACCUCCGGGUGGACAUUCCCCUCAGGUGAACCAUCUGAAAAGACCAGUCAGCGGAGCAGGAGAUGCUCCAGGCACCGGCAAUGGUGCGACUGGCUCUUCCACCAAAAGGCACAAGCCCCUUUUUCAGUGUGCAAAAUGCAGCUUUGCCACGGACUCAGAGCUCGAGUUUCAGAGCCACAUACCUCAGCACCAGAUGGACAGCUCCACAGCCCAGUGUCUCCUCUGUGGCUUGUGCUACACCUCUGCCACUUCCCUCAGCCGCCACCUCUUCAUUGUCCACAAGGUGAGAGACCAGGAGGAGGAGGAAGAGGAGGAGGCGGCAGAGCCAGAGGAGGGUUCCGGGGAGGAGGUGUCCAUGGAUGCUAGAGAGAACGGACUGGAAGAAUAUGCCGGCGAGCCUUUGUUGGCUAACCCAGAGGCGAGGAGAUCACUGGGCCCAGCCCAGGAGAAGGAUGGUGCCCAAGACGCUCAGAGCCAACCACAGGCCUCUCAGGACCAGGACAGUCACACACUAUCCCCUCAGGUGUGACCGGAGGCUUUGCACUGUGUGUGGUCAGGGAGGUGCCAUGGAGCCCUCCACCUGCUGUGUGGACUGUGGGAAAUAAAAGGCUUUGCCCCAGUGUGAGUGUGGCCAGGUGUGCCCUAGAGCAGCAUCUGCCCUGAGCUGCCAGUGCUGAGUGUUGCCCAGCCCCAGGAAAUGUGGGGUCGCCCAGGAUCUUCACAGCUCUGAAUUUGCUUCUGUUAUUUAUGGCUUUGUGCUGCUUCUUGGUACCCCAACUCUUGUCUGUGUCCUUCACACCCCAGGCCGUUGAUGAGGUCCAAUCCCAAUGCUGUCACCUUAGCUUGAAACCCCUCAGUAGCUGUGCUCUUCUGGGAGGCUCCCCGCUUGCUGCCUUCAGCUGGGGAAUUUCUCAGAUCUCUGCUUGCCUACAGGCAUCAGCUCUCCUUCUUGCCUUCAGAGCCUAAGAAGAAGGGGCAUGAAGAGUGCUGACACAGUCACCCCGGGAGAGCUCUGCUCAGCCUGGGUUGGCGAGGGCCCUUGGUUACCUUGUCCUUCCUGUCUUCUCUGAUUCUUUUCCCCCAAAAUAGUCCGGAGAACUAAUUGUCACACUGGCUUAUCAUGUCUCUGUGGGUGGGAGAAACUUCUGCAGGACACCUCUGUUUGGAACCCAGGGAGAAUGGGAGGUAUGGCAAAGGCAGGCAGGCAGGUGCCAAGAGCCAGACUCCCUUCAGAAGGAGCUGUGGGUGGGUCUUUGUUCUGCUGCUGCUCUGCCCUUCCUGACAAGUGGGGUUUGCGGCACACAGCCAUUGGAAUGUUUGUAUUCUGUGCCAUUAGAGAGGCUGCUGCCCCAGGUAGGCCAGCCCCUCCUCCUCUUGGCUACACUCAUGUUGCUCAGACUAUAUUUCAAAUAAAAAUCUUCUUAUUAUGCA